GGCCAAUCGCCCUGCAUGUGUGGAACUGAGUAUCUACCAUCAGGAGUGAGUCACCUGAGAGACUGAAGAGUGUGGACUGUGUGGGUCCUCUCGACAAACUGCGGCCAUUUUACAGUACCAAACAGGUCCUAAAAGGGACUAACAUCUGUAUGACCAGUGGGUAAAUGGGGUGAGAGCGAUUCUCCCUCUCUGUGCACAUAAGCAUCGUGUGAUCACUCCUUUUUCAAUGAAUCACCAGAAUCUGCCUACAGCAUGAAAAGCUGGAGCAGGAAACUCAGGAGUCAAGAGCCUGACAAAGAGGCCGGGUCCUCCUCUAGCAAGAGGAAUUCCAUUUGUGAUCCACCAGUGCCUAUAUGGGUGACUCACACACCCACACCAGAUAAUAUCACAGAUGAUGACGACGACGAUGAAGCUAUCUCUACGGGCCGCACAUCCAGCUCGCCUCCUCAUGCAGAGAAGGACAAAAAAGGGAGUAUGAAGGACAGACUGAAGUCCCUUCUCCCUCUCUCAUGGGGGGGCUUUUCACACAAACAGCCAGGGAAAAGUGACAGUUUAAAUGACUCUGAGGGCAGCACCAAAGGGAUCCAGAUCCUUCCUAAUGGAACCAGGGUUAGCCCUCCUGUAAGCCCCCUGCUGGAGCGCAGAAACUGGGCUGAAUCACUUGGCAGCUCCAGCCAGAACUCCCAUAAGCCUUUGCUAAGGGAAAGCCCCUCUGAUGAUCUGUUCAAUCAGGGCCUCAGAGAGGAAUCCCUUUUAACCAGUAUCCACCCUGCAGAGUACUAUGCUGAAAAACUGGAAGUCUACAACCAAAAGUACUCUUAUUUAAAGUCCUGGCCAGGGCUGCUCAGACUUCUUGCAGGACUUCAGCUCUUAUUCGGGGGAAUGGUGUUCGCCUGCAUCAUCUCCUACGUUCAUAAAGAUAGUGAGUGGUCUAACACAUAUGGACACUAUAAUGGUGCUUAUAACAAUGGGCUGGGCCUGUCCGGGUACACUUACACAGGCCCUAUGACUCCUUUUAUACUGGCAGUAGCUGGACUCUCCUGGAUUAUCACCCUAAUUAUUUUAGUGAUGGGAAUGACGAUGUAUUAUCGCACCAUCCUCCUCGACGCCCCCUGGUGGCCGCUGACAGAGGCUUUCGUCAACGUGGCCCUGUUCCUGCUCUACAUGGCAGCAGGGAUUGUCUACCUGAACGACUUGAAUCGCGGUGGGCUGUGCUACAUGACAAUAGGCAUUAACCCUAUACUAGCCAAUCUGUGUAGGGUCGACGGUGGCCAGAUGGCAGGGACUGCUUUCAUCUUCAUCAACAUGGCAAUGUAUCUUGGAAGCUUCGUGGUGUGUUUGAAGAUGUGGAGGCACGAGGCUGCACGCAGGGAGAUGGAGUACUACGAAAAACAGGAGGAUUUCCACCAGGCCAUUCCGCUUACCCUUCAGAAACCAAAGCGCAUAUCAUUCAAGGAUGAAAUGAAUAAUUCUCUGAGUAAAGAUAUUAUCAACCAAUCUGUGGUCAACCCAGAGGUCCAAAAGAACCCUGUCAGUCUGAACAGGGCCACAGCGUCUGAAUACACGCCCAAAGUCCACAUCCUCGCAGACUACAUCAUAAAAUAUCCAGAGAUCAGAUGUGUGGAGGACAGGGAAAAUUACAAAGCUGUGUUCAAUGACCAGUACCAGGAAUACAAGGACCUCCACAGAGACAUCAGCACCGCCCUCAGUAAGUUCAGUGAGCUGGACACCAUGAUGGAAAAACUCCUCAGAGAUGGAAAAUGCCAAGAGAGUCAGCCAAGGAUUCAAGGCCUUCUGAAGACCUUUCAGCAGAAGAAGAGUGAUCCUGCCUUUCUGGAGAAGAAGGAGCGCUGUGACUAUCUGAAAGCAAAAUUAAGCCACUUAAAAAACAGAAUCCGCACUUUUGACCAGGAAACCAUGAGAAAUAAUUGAAGAGGAAUAUUUCCUCAGUACUAUGAUUCCCCCCCUAUGUACAGCCCGCCUUACAGCACCAACUCCCAGAGCUUCUACCCUCCAAGGAGUGUACAAUCCCCCCAGAGCCAGUAUGUCCCCUACUCGUAUAAUGUCCCUCAAGACUCCUACUAUCCAGAGGAGAGGCCUCAACUCUUCUACCGCUGGUUUUCUCCUCCUGGAUUUGUUAAAACCUUUCAGGGAGCUACAGUUCUCAUGUGUUUCCUCAUCUUCGCCUGCGUGGCUUCAACCUUGGUGUGGGACAUGAAUGGUUUCGGGUACGGGGGUUACAGUGCUGGGGGUUCAGCUGCUGCUGCAGGGACUGGGUAUGGAUAUUAUGGAGGCAGCUAUGGUUAUAGUAGCUCCUACAUGACGCCACAGUCUGCAAAGGCGGCCAUGAUUUCCAUGGCGGCAAUUAACUUCCUGGUUUCUCUGGGGUUCCUGGUGGGGAGUUUCUCUCGGUCACGGAUCAUGAGGGGAUGCAGCUUCUACCUCACUGUGUUCAUCUGUGACAUCAUCUUGGCUGUCCUGCAGGGCAUCAUCGACAUCAUCUUUGUGAUCGGGGUGAACCCGAUGUCUCAGAGCUCUCAGAGUAUGCUCUAUAACCCCAUGCUGAUGAUGUGCCAGAAUAUCCAGGGCAGCCCCAGCCUCAGCGGCAGCGUGGGGGCCGGUUUCCCGGGGGGGUUCCCCAUGUACAAUCAAUACCUGCACCACUACUGCUACAUGGACCCCGAGGAGACGGUGGCGUUAGUGUUUGGUCUGAUUGUGGUGUUGGCCCUGGCUCUGUCCGCUUACUACGCCUACAAGACCCGCAGCAAGAUUUGGAGACACGGCAAAGCUAAUAUCUUAUGGGACGAGCCUCGGGGCCGGUCGUCUGAGGGGCAAGAUGUGCAGGACUGGGUGAACCAUGUUGGAGAUUCACGCAGCACCCAGCAGGCACCAACUGUUGUCGUAUCGGAGAGAGCGACAGCACCUGAGCUGAGGGCAGAGAACAGCAUGGUCUCCUACGGCAACGGGACAGUCAGCAUCCACAGUGAGGGGAAUUGUAAAAGCAACAUUUUCUCUGCAGACAACAGUAAUGGUCGGGCUCCUGAGCCUCUGUACCAGAACAGCAGGGUGACGGUUUGCUCCAGCAGCUCCUCAGAGCAGACCGACAGCAUCAGAAAACCUCCUCUUCAUCAUCAUCAUCAUCAUCAUGUGAAGAAGGAACAGAGGGAGGAUUCACAACCCAGACCCGCGGCCCAGGAGGUGUUGGAGUCCCAGUAUGAGACUGGCUACACCACCGGAGACACUGGGAAUGAGUUGGACCGGGACCAUACUGAUCACCUGUACAGGCUGUAUCCAGUUAUAACUUCAGAUGAGCAGCGCCAGCAGUACAAGAAGGAGUUUGAGUCAGAUCUGAGCUGCUAUAAGAGCCUCUGCGCCCAAAUGGAUGACAUCAGCGACCAGAUGCACAAGCUGAGCCGAGAGCUGGACACAGUGGACGACAGCUCCAUGAAGUACCAGGGUGUGGCAGAUGAGUAUAACCGGUUCAAAGACAUGAAAAGGACGCCUGACUAUCAAGCUAAGAAGAAGCAUUGCAAAGAACUUCGCCAAAAACUUUUCCACAUCAAACGUCUGGUCAAAAUCUACGACCAAGGUCUUUGUUAGCGUUAAUAAUCUGUACUAACAGCUGAGGAUGAACACUGGCGGAGUGAAGGUGUUACAUAGCUGGAAAAUACAAGACUUUAUCCUCAAUAUUUUCUACAGUUUGACAGCUUCCUGUUUAAAUGUAAGAGUUCCAACCAUAGACUGUAAAUAAUAAUGGACGAUGCCUGAAUGACGUCACCCAUCUGUUACGGCAGGGGGAUCCGGAGCUCAUCGGCAGCAGCCGACAUCCUGGAAAUCUCAGCCUAACUUUCAGACAACCUAAAGAUAGGCAAAGAUCUGUAGCUGAGGCACGUUUUAAACGGUCAAUCAUCUCAGCUACGUGUUUUACUAUGAAUAUCAUGUUGUAUCGUUCAUAAAUUCAAAACGGAGCAGUUUUAAAAAAUGAAUCCCUCGUACAGUGUGUGUCCAUGAUGACAAUAACUAAUCAGACCUAUUUUGUUUUUUAUACCAGACUUUAAACAUGUUAAUUUAUGCUGUAAAAUCUGUCUUUUUCUGGCUAAUGUGUGUAUGUGACUUCCGGGGCUCCUGGAGCCAGCCUCAAGUGGACACUCAAUGAACUGCAGGGUUUUGCACUUCGGUUGUGGCUUCAUUUUUCUAGACCGGAGGUUGCCACUUGGUUCCAACAUGGCCCUCAACUGGCCUUACAGUGACAGAACCUUCACUUUAUUUGACCCUUAUAUUUACCACUCCUGUAUUAUUUUUUGCAGCUGUCAUUACUGCUAGGAUAAUCCGAGUUACUUUCUGCGUGGUUGUAAUAUACUCCUUUACAAGAUGACAUUAAUUACAUCUGAAUUUGUAUGCACCUUGUGGUAUAAUUCACCCUCUUUCACGGUGUCAAUUGUAGUUAAAUGUUUUAUUGUUACAGAAUGUGAUAGAAUGGGAACUGAUGAAUGUGACUUUUUGUUCCGAAAUAAUGGGAUGGUAAAGAGCAUAGGCUGUGUAAAUAUAUUAUUUCCAGCUCAGGUAAGGAGCAAUAAUAAUAAAAAAAACUUUAAAUCUGUCUUAAUUUGAAAUCUGACUUUGCUUCAUUAAUACACUGAAACAUUAAUGGUAUUUGUUGUAGUGUUUAUUUGGCAUUCUUCAUACAGAUGUAAUUACAACAUUUUCAAGUUGUUUGCAAAAAAACAAAAACAAUUGACACACGGUUAUCUUUUUAUUCUUUUAAUAACAUUGCCAUACACAGAAAACUUUAGAAAUUUAAGAACUGGGUAACACAAAGAUAAGAAAACAUGUAUCGUAUAUUUAUCUUUUAUUUUGUGAUGACAUGAUUGGAUGUAAAGAAGGAACUCCAAACAAUUUUCAGAAGGCCUGGUGGUAGAUCAAGAAGCAGAGCUACAUCAGUCAUAAAUGCAGAGUGUAAUUAAGCUCUUUACUCUCAAAUAUAUCCUUCAACAUUACGUAAACUUGCAUCUUGAAAUACCAGUUUGAGGUAAAUCCUGGUGGACCAGCAAAUAAAGGCCUGUCUGCUUUUU